AUGGGAGGCUACGCAAACAGUGGUGGGGCCCUCACGUUGCCAUCUCACGUUGACCAUGUCGAUGUCAGCUCUGCCGUGAGGUCGCUCAGACGCUCACUAUCGCGAAGCCCGUCCAAAUCUUUCCGCCUUGUAGCAAAGUCGCCAAGUUCUUCCCCCAAAUCGCCGCUCUCACCGUGCCCUUUAUCGCCCCGACGCUCGUCAUCUCAACCAGCCAACCCUGGCACUCCCAGUAAUCCGCCUCAUACGCCAUCUCCUCUGGCUGUGCCCUUCCCACCAAGCGCGAAGUUGGCCCUUCGGUCCUCCACGCGCUCGAAGACUGCUCCUGCUCGGACUACGUCUCGGACCCGUACAUCCCCCAGAAGUCCCAUCAAGCGCGUUUUAAGCCAGGCCUCCGAUAGUGGCAACGCAACUCCCACCACUUCUUCUAGCCCUGCUGGUGGGCAAGAGAAUUCCAAGAGCACCUCUCCGUCAGAGCGCAGGAGCUUUGAGAGGGCCUCGAAGACGACGUUGAAUUCGGAUAUGAGUGCCCCGGUCAACCCUGCGCUAUCGAGGCUGGGCGGCGAUGGGAGCAAUGACGGCCACACGGCUUCGUCGACAUCAAGCCCACUCAAACGGAGCGAUGCCAUCAUGAAUCUUGAUCAAGCAAGCUUGGGUAGCCCAGUGGCAAAGCGAAGGAGCCUGCACGGUUCAGCGAACUUUGGCCAUGAUUUCAAUGUCUUUGAUCAAGGCCCAUCGUCGCCCUCAACCAAUUUCGACAUACAUGAUGAUUCUAACCAUGAAUACGAGUUAUCGACAGCCUCGUUCGCUUCGGAACCCCCGGCAACAGCAUUCACAUCAAUGCCUCGACGGUCAUCAUCUUUACGCAAAUCUACUCUGCAGCAGCGGCACGGCGAGAAGACCUCUUGGGGUAGGCGGCAUGCGGCUCAAGUACUCGCAGCUCAGCAGCUAGCAAAUGCCGCGCCGGAACUUUCAACGCCAAAUCCCACUAAGAACAGACCUCGACUAUCACUGGAUCAAUUUAUGCCUCCCCUGCCUCGGGAGAGCCCAUUUUCCUCGCAGGGUAGCCUACCAAACGCUUCAAUGCACGUGGUUAACCAGCCGACACACCAACCGCAUCCUCUCUCACGCACUAUCACCACCUCCUCAUCGAGCUCAAGUAUUGUUGAUGAGUCUCCUACUCAUAUGCCAGUUCACUUCGGAGAGCAGCCGAGGCCAAAGCUAGAUUUCUCCAAGUCACUACCUGCAGGCUCAUUGAGACCAUUUUGCCUUGAAGAACACUCCGAGGAGUCAUCCGGUGCAUUCUCAACGCCGCAGAAUUACAAGUCGGUGAAACCACAUCCAGCCGCGUUCAUGUCUACAGGACUCAUCUCCAAAGUCAAUCGGCACCCAGAAGAGCAACAACUGCCACGCGGUAUAGGCAAAGGAAACGUCCCAGAUACUCCAUGCAAGAAGCAUGUCAAUGUAUUUGCAACGUAUCCUUCACUAAUCCCCGGUAGCGCAAUUGCGCGAGCCCGGCACAUUCGACACUCGUUCGGUACUCCAUCUACGCCUUUCAACCCUCACGGGAGUCAGAAUUCAGCCGAGAUUUUUGCUAAGGGAACCGGCGUUUUUGGUAGUGCUUUUGGUGUAGCCAGACGUGGGAGUUUUCUCAGUGUUGAUGGAGAUGAGAUCAGUGGAUCACCUGACGCGAAGGGGGAGGAGGGUCAGUCUGGGAUUGAUAUCGAAUUACCACCAACGCCAACGAAGCAGGCUCUCGCGCCUAGCCUGCCAGGCCAGAAGCAAAACAACGGCAGUCCAAGCAACCACAGAGGUCUUCCAGCCUCCACGCCUUCGACUGCCACUCCGUUGGAGCGUAUAGAUUUUUUUGAGAGGUUGUCACCUCGCACACCUCAGGAGAGCAUGCUUCCACCUGACCCUAGCGGCCUUACCAUUUCGCAUCCCCGAGAUAAACAAGCGGCAAAGACAGGCGCGAACAGCACCUCCAUGCCACCCCCAGCCACGCCGACAGCUGGCCGAGACUACUUUUCGAAAAUCGGCAGUCGUCGUCUCAGCACUACUCCCGUCAGCGCCUUCGCACCGUCGGAUAUAGAUGAGUCUCUAUCGUCGAGAUUUGAAAAGAUUGAAUUGAUAGGCACUGGGGAGUUUUCUCAGGUGUAUCGAGUUAACCAGACGACGGCCCCUCAAGACGUGGCAAAGACAUUCUCGCGAGGAAGGUCUCCGCCAACGCCUAUGAUGGAGCAGGUUUUUGCUGUCAAGAAGUCACGGCAGCCUUAUCAAGGCGUCAAGGACCGUCAGCGGAAAUUGCAGGAAGUCAACAUCCUCAAAGCACUUGGACAUUCAGAUCAUAUUGUACAUCUUAUUGAUAGCUGGGAGGAGAAAAACUACCUUUACAUUCAAACUGAGUACUGCGAGGAAGGCAGUCUUGACCUCUUCCUCUCUGAUGUUGGUCGGAAGGGAAGAUUGGAUGACUUCCGCAUCUGGAAGAUCAUGCUGGAGCUUAGUCAGGGUGUUCGGCAUAUUCACGACUCAGGCUAUAUUCACUUGGAUCUCAAACCCGCUAACAUCCUCAUUACUUUCGAAGGUGUCCUCAAGAUAGGAGACUUCGGCAUGGCGACUACAUGGCCUGCUCAAUCUGGUGUCGAAGGUGAAGGUGAUCGCGAGUACAUUGGUCCCGAGAUUCUCUUGGGUCAGUACGACAAACCGGCAGAUGUCUUUGCCCUUGGCCUCAUCAUGCUCGAGAUUGCCGGAAACGUACAACUACCGGACAAUGGCCCAACCUGGCAGCGUCUGCGCUCAGGUGACAUGAGUGAUGUUCCCAGUCUCACUUGGAGUGACGGCAGUACUGUCUUAAGAGAUGCAAAUGGCAUCCCUGUCGAGGAGAGCGAUAUUAGUAUGGAUUCUUUUGGCAGUGACGAUGAUAUUGAGACCGACUUCGGAUCGCCGACCAUGACCAGCCGUAAGCGGAACGCUGGAACAUCGAGCAGGUCAUUAUCUCACGAUCCCGGAAAUCUUUUCGGCUCGAUGAGGAGAGGUGAGCUUCACCAAGCUCCGGCAUUCAUGAAAGACAUGUACCAUGAUCAUGCGCUCGAUAGGAUUGUGCGUUGGAUGAUCUCCCCUACUCCCCAGGACCGCCCAACGAUCCACCAAGUCCUCGAAUCCCAAGGGCUCCGAUGGGUGGAAGCACGCCGUCGCGCUGGUGCUACUGUCUUUGAGGGGAACUGGGGACCCGCGGAUGAUGUCUUGGCAGACGACGCCGAAAUGAUGGAUGUUUAA